CAGAUCCCAACAGUUUUCUGAACGUUUCAGUACUGACUUGACAUCUCUCACCCCUCACCUGAAAUAUUUGAAUUUCUGGACACACAACACAACUAUCAUCACCUACUACCACGACAAAAAAACCACAAUUUCGAUUUUAUCUUAUUUUAUUUUAAUUAUCCUACGAACACCACAACAUCACACAAUCAUUUUGUGUUUUUUCUUUUUUUCUUUCAAAUUUUCGUUUGACAAUCAGAAAUCAGGGAGAAAGGAAAAGGAAAAUAGUACAACAACGACACCAACAGCAGCAAGUUCCUGCUCUUCGUUAUACCGUGUCUGUCUAUCUCUCUCUGUCUCCGUCUUAAAGGCUUUGAUUCACAACCCAACACACCACAAUACCUUCUCAAACUCUUCUUCUUUUUCUCCUUCUUGUCACUGUUCAAACCUUCUGACUCACGUUCCAGUUUUAGAAACCUGUGUUUCAUUAUUCAUGCGACAAGUUUGAAAUUGAACCGAUUUUUCACCAUCCUUUGAAGUUAUCAUCAUUUGCCUACACAACUUUCUUUUUGUGCUCGACAUUUUUUUGUUGUUGCACCAAUAAGAAAGUGUUUGGAGGUUUGAAUCUCAAAAGGGUCUCUUCAAUUUCGCGGCUUUCGGCAAUGCAGCGGCGAAAGUCGAAGUGGGGGUGGUGAAAUUUCAAUCGGGUUGCAUAUUUGGGUUUAAAGUUGAUAAAUUUCGGUGGUUUUCGUUGGUGGGUUGGGGGAAACUAUGGUGUUAUCGGCUUCACCAUGUUCCUUGGCGAGAAGCUCGCUGGAGGAGAUGCUGGAUUCACUUCGGAGGAGGGACGAGGAGGAGGAGAAGAAGAAGGACGCGCCACCGGCGUUGCCUCCGAGGCCGACCUCACGUGCAAGGCUUCCCCCUGCACGGCGGUCGCUGCCGAAAGAUUUUAUGGUCAGCGGCAGCGAGCGCCGUGUCGUGCUGGAGAACGGAGUUGCUACUGAUGAGGAGAGUGAAGUGAAGGAGAGGGAUUUGGGGCAGAAGAGGAAAAAGUGUGGUUUUGGGAGCAAGAGGCUGAAGAAGGAUGUGGAGUCUCCUUAUGUGGCACUUUCUUCCAGUGAUUCAUCUGGGAAGGUUUGGGAAUUGGAUGGUGAUGAUAGCAUAUCUUAUUUCAGCAAAAAGAAGCUUCGUGUUUGGUGUAGGCAACCAAGAGGGCAGUGGGAACUAGGAAUGGUCCAAUCAACUUCAGGAGAGGAAGCAUUCGUUUCACUCUCAAAUGGAAAUGUUAUGAAAGUGGACAGAUCAGAGAUUCUACCAGCAAAUCCUGAUGUUUUGGAGGAUGUGGAUGAUCUAAUUAAACUUGGUUAUUUGAAUGAGCCAUCGGUUCUUCACAAUCUUAAAUUAAGAUAUUCUCAAGGGAUGAUUUAUAGUAAAGCAGGGCCAGUUUUAAUUGCACUCAAUCCUUUCAAAGAUCUUCAGAUGUAUGGAAAUAAAUAUGUCUCAGCCUGUAGCCAGAGAACUAUGAAUAGUCCUCAUGUUUAUGCUACGGUAGAUGCAGCUUAUAACAAGAUGAUGAGAGAUGAAGUAAAUCAGUCUAUUAUCAUAAGUGGUGAGAGUGGAUCUGGGAAGACAGAAACAGCUAAAAUUGCAAUGCAAUACUUAGCUGCUCUUGGUGGUGGUGGUGGUAAUUGUGCCAUAGAAAAUGAAUUUCUUCAGAUAAAUCGUAUUUUGGAGGCUUUUGGGAAUGCAAAAACAGCUAGGAAUAACAACUCUAGCAGAUUUGGAAAGUUGAUUGAAAUUUACUUUGGCUGCACGGGUAAAAUAUGUGGGGCUAAAAUUCAGACCUUAUUGUUGGAAAAGUCCAGAGUUGUUCAACUUGCCCGUGAUGAGAGAUCAUAUCACAUAUUUUAUCAACUUUGUGCUGGAUCUUCAUCUGAUCUUAAAGAGAAACUGAAUCUUAGAGCAGUAAGUGAAUAUAAGUAUCUAGUUCAGAGUGACUGCAUGUCAAUUGAUGGUGUUGAUGAUGCCAAAAACUUUGAUCAGCUGAUGGAAGCACUGGAUGCAGUUCAAAUCUAUAAAGAGGAUCAGGAGCUGAUCUUUAAGAUACUUGCUGCAAUACUCUGGUUGGGAAAUAUAUCAUUCCAAGUAGACAGAGACAAUCAGAUUGAGGUUGUUGACGAUGAAGCUGUAAACAGUGCUGCCCAACUCAUGGGUUGCAGUUCCCAGGAUUUAAUGACAGCAUUAUGUACCCAUAAAAUCCAAGCUGAUGAAGAUACUAUUGAAAAAAAAUUGACAUUGAAGCAGGCAAUUGAAAGAAGAGAUGCUAUUGCAAAGUUUAUCUAUGCAAGCUUGUUUAACUGGCUCUUAGACCAAGUUAACAAGUCACUUGAAGCGGGUAAAAAAUGUACAUGGAAAUCCAUAAGUAUCCUCGAUUUUUAUGGGUUUCAGACUUUCCAGAAAAAUGGCUUUGAGCAGUUUUACAUAAAUUAUGCCAAUGAAAGGAUUCAACAACACUAUAAUCGCCAUCUGUUUAAACUAGAGCAGGAGGACUAUGAAUUGGAUGGCAUUGAUUGGACUAAAGUAGAUUUUGAGGACAAUCAAGGGUGCUUGGAUCUAUUUGAGAAGAAACCUCAAGGUCUACUCUCUUUGUUGGAUGAGGAGUCAAAUUUACCAAACGUUUCUGAUUUGACAUUUGCGAACAAACUUAAGCAUCACUUGCACCCUAAUCCUUGCUUCAAAGGGGAAAGAGGCAGAGCUUUCCGCGUUCGUCACUAUGCAGGAGAGGUUCUGUAUGAUACAAAUGAGUUUUUAGAGAAGAACAGAGACACGAUGUCUUCUGACUGCAUUCAAUUCCUGUUAUCAUGUAAUUGUGAACUGCUGCCGUUGUUCUCCAAAAUGUUUAACCAGUCUCAAAAGCAGAGUGUUGCAACAAAGUUCAAGGUUCAAUUGUUCAAGUUGUUGCAUCAGUUGGAGAGCACCAUGCCUCACUUUAUUCGCUGCAUAGCACCAAAUACUAAGCAGCUUCCUGGCAUUUAUGAUGAAGGUCUUGUCCUACAUCAGCUUAGGUGUUGUGGUGUUCCAGAAAUUGUUAGACUUUCAAGGGCUGGAUAUCCUACUCGAAUGACCCAUCAAGAGUUUUCCAGAAGGUAUGUGUUUAUGCUUUCUGAGGCCAACGUAUCCCAUGAUCCAUUGAGCAUCUCAGUUGCUGUUUUGCAAAAAUUUAAUAUCCCUUCUGAAAUGUACCAUGUUGGCUACACCAAAUUGUAUCUUCGAGCAGGGCAGAUUGAUGCACUGGAGAAUAUGAGAAAGCAGAUUUUGCAGGGAAUAGUUGGGAUUCAAAAAUGUUUCCGUGGUCAUCAAGUUCGUGGUUGUUUCUGUGAACUUAAGAAUGGAGUGACAACACUACAAUCCUUUAUUCGUGGAGAAAAUUCAAGAAGGAAAUAUGGUGUCAUGUCGAAGUCUUCAAUAACAAUUUAUUCUAGAAAACUGGAGGAGAUCCAUGCAAUCAUACUAUUACAAUCUGUAAUUCGUGGUUGGCUGGUUAGAAGGGAUGCUACUCAUGUAAAUAGGUCAAAGAAAUAUCCUGAAAAUGCUAAACCUAGGAGGAAGUCCUUUAUGAAGAUAAUACCAGAAGUACAGCAGGAUUUGUCCAAAGAGCCAGUUCAGAAUCUGCUUUCAGCUUUAGCAGAGCUCCAAAGGCAGGUUGACAAGGCUGAUGCAGUUGUAGAGCAAAAGGAAGAAGAAUAUAUUGAGUUGAGGGAACAGCUAAAACAAUCUGAGAGAAAGAGGAUUGAAUAUGAGACAAAAAUGAAGUCAAUGGAGGAGGCUUGGCAAAAGCAGAUGGGAUCUUUGCAAAUGAGUCUUGUUGCUGCUAGAAAGAGUCUUGCUCCUGAGAAUGCUACUGUUCAACCUGUAAGACAUGAUUUUGUGUUACCUCGUGGUUAUGAUUCUGAAGAUACGUCCAUGGGAUCAAGAACUCCAGGAGGGAGCACACCAAUGCUUUCUGGCAAUCUGUCUGUCACUGAUGCAGGGAGACAGGUCAAUGGCACUUUGACUACAGUCAGCAAUCUGAUGAAGGAAUUCGAGCAACGAACACAUGACUUUGAUGAUGAAGUAAAAGCUUUGAACGAUGUCAAACCGGGGCAGUGUGCAAACAAAAACUCAGUUGAAGAACUUCGGAAACUUAAACAUAGAUUUGAAGGGUGGAAGAAACAAUACAAGAUCAGAUUACGUGAGACCAAGGCAAGGCUUUAUAAAUCAGAUCCAGAGAAAAGUUGGCGAGCAUGGUGGAAAUUAGGCUCCAGGGCAUAAAGGGUAUUCAGUUUUCAGCUUUUAAACAGUCUUUGCUGAGAAUAGAAACUCUAAAGAUUCAUCAACAAUGGCAAAAUGAUUGGUGUUGUGAACUUUGUCCUUUUUGAGGAGUGGCUUCUAUAUCUUGGUGGAACACUUUUGAUGGAAGUGUUACCAAUUCACUCGUUGGUGAAGGAAAAGAAAUUGUAUAUCUACCAAUUUUGUUACAUGGGGGAAGUAAUUAGGUUGUGCAUAGUUGUAGAAGAUGGCAUAGUUUGUAUUGUCUAGUCUAUAGUUGGUUCUGUAUAUUUCUUUUUCACUUUCUCUUUUGGGGUGAAAAACAGUGAUGGAUGAUUUGAUCUAAAACUCAGCUUGAAGAUAUUAAUAGUGAGUUUUGGUAUCUUCAGUGUUAAGGGGGAAAAAUAGUGUCUGUUUUAUUGUGUUUAUGACAACGAUUCUCUCUCGUGUUUGGUUAAACAGAUAAAGGUAAGUUCAUAGAUAUCUAUGUUUCUUGCACA